AUGGCCCGGCUGAAGGCCAUGCUGGAGCCCCCCCCCGCCGCCCCCCACCCCGUGCGGGUCUUCGAGCGCUCCCCCUACAGCGACCGGUACGUCUUUGCCAAGAACCUCUUUGAGGUUGGGCACCUGCAGCCCCUGGAAUGGGCCAUCUACCAGGACUGGCACGGCUUCCUCCUGCGGCAGCUGGGCCACCGCGCCGCCCUCCACGGCUUCCUCUACCUGCGGGCCACGCCACAGACGUGCCUGGAGCGGCUGCGUCGGAGGGCGCGGAGCGAGGAGGGGGGGAUCCGGCUGGAAUACCUGCAGCAGCUCCAUGCCCAGCACGAGCGCUGGCUGGUGGAGAAGACCACGGAGGUCCACUUUGCAGACAUGAAGGACGUGCCCGUCCUGGUGCUGGAUGUGGACAAGGACUUUGAGCACGACGUGGCCGCGCAGGGCAUCCUCAUGGCACAGGUGGGCACGGUGGCACGGCGCGGUGCCAUCCCCCUGCCGGGAGCGCCGGGGUACGUCUUUGCCAAGAACCUCUUUGAGGUUGGGCACCUGCAGCCCCUGGAAUGGGCCAUCUACCAGGACUGGCACGGCUUCCUCCUGCGGCAGCUGGGCCACCGCGCCGCCCUCCACGGCUUCCUCUACCUGCGGGCCACGCCACAGACGUGCCUGGAGCGGCUGCGUCGGAGGGCGCGGAGCGAGGAGGGGGGGAUCCGGCUGGAAUACCUGCAACAGCUCCAUGCCCAGCACGAGCGCUGGCUGGUGGAGAAGACCACGGAGGUCCACUUUGCAGACAUGAAGGACGUGCCCGUCCUGGUGCUGGAUGUGGACAAGGACUUUGAGCACGACGUGGCCGCGCAGGGCAUCCUCAUGGCACAGGUGGAGGCUUUUGUGGGGUCACUACGAGCUGGAGCAUCCCCAUCGCCCCCCAACCCUCGCUGAGCAGCAGCCCCAUCCCUGCCCGGCGGUACCCGAAGGAGCAGCGGAGCCAAAGGGGCAUCACCCCCUGGGGGCUCCCACCCAAAAUCAACUCCCCCCGAAGGACGAGGGACACAUCCCGGUCCCCAGCUGUCCCCCCUCAGGCCUAUUAAUUUGGGAGAGGGGUGUAAUUAAGGCGCUGACAGCGCGGGGUGGUUUUAAGGAGAAUGAAGUGGAGUGCGCGGCCGCGGGAUGAGUUUUGGGGGGGCGUGAGGUGCUCCCCACACAUUAUGGGGGGCCUGGUCCCCUCCGCCACCCUC